AUGUAUCCAGCGUUCCCUCAUCCAGUGUUCGUCAUCCAACGAGUUGGCAAGCGUAAUGAUCUUUCAGAACAAGCUAUCCAAGAACAAGCUCAAACAAACAGUAGGAUAAGAAGGUGUGGUCCGAGAUUAAACAUGGUCAAUAAAUAUUUUGAAUCAAGAUUUGCGCCAAAAAUAAGUUUCAAAGAUCUUAAGCAUAUAGCUGAUCAAGUAAUCAAGAAAAUUCCCCUUCAUGUCGAUCGGAUCUCGAAGCGAAAUAAGGUUGCAAUGCAGUGCUGGUUUGUUGAACAUUGGGAUAUUAUAAAGCCAAUAUUGGAUAGCAUGUCUAUAACAUUAUCAGAACCUCAACAAAUGUCACCAACGCCGAUUAACCAAAUUAAUCAGCAGGAGGAGAAAGAAGAGCCAUUGCCUCCUAUAUUCCCAUUUGAAGUCCCAACAAAGUCGAAUAACACAUAUUCAAAUUUUCAGACCAACCUUAUCUAA